AUGGACCUUCGUUCAAUUAUCAAUACGGAAAAUGGUGAAGGGGGACGAUCGAAACAAAAUGCGCCUAUACCGGUAACUCCAAUUCAAACGGGUCCCCCAUUAGGACAAAUCUUUAGGAGUUAUAGUCAUUCGUCGCAAGUCUCGCAAGGUCCAGGCAAACAUGGCUCACAAUCACAAGAGUACGCUUCACAAAAUGGUGGGCCUUAUGCAUCGCCAACUACCUAUCAAGCAGCAGUUCAUCCAGGUCCAGGUCGACCGCCUCCUCCUACUCCCAUUCAACCGAAUGACCAUCGUUCUUCAGCAGGAUCUUAUUCGGCCCCCUCACCUUAUCGGCAUACGCCUACUUCAUCCAUUAGUGUUGCCGGUGGACAAUAUCCGUUCCCGCACAAUCUUCAAAACCCACAAAGUCCGGCUCAACACAACCAAUAUCCUCCAACUUUUCACCAAACUCAAAGAGAUAGUUAUUCACAAUCUAACCCACCUCCUCAAUUGCAGCAAUAUAAUUCACAAGUUUACGCAUCGCAGGCUCCACAGACACCUCCAAUUGGAAUUCCAGGAGCAACUCAUCCCUAUCUUCAACAUCAAAGAUCACAAUCUUCACUUUCGAUUGCUACACCCACGUUAGCGCACAGUCAGCAGCAGCAGCAGCAGCAGCAGCAGUAUCAAAACCAAUUCACUCAAGAUAGUCCUAUCUCCACGAAUCAAUUCCCACCAAAUCAAUUCUCAAUCCGGCAUCAAAGACAACAAUCUCAUCAAUCUCAACCUGGCACACCUCUAGGUCCUCCUAUACAAACACAACUCCAAUCAUCUGGCCCGUUCACACAACCUACAAGUCCCUAUCAACAACGGGGAGUGGUUGCAAACCCUUUAACUAGUACUCAAUAUCAUCAAAUAUCUCCUGCUCCUGCGAACGCCUCGAUUCCUCCUCGAAUGCCGACCACUCCACGAAACGCUUACGAGUCCCAAAGUUCAUCCACAAGCUCCACACAGCAAAGGUCUGUGAGUGAAAGGGAAAGAAGUCUCAGUGUUAGUCCCAAAACUCGUCUGCCCAGCCAGACAAGAGGGAAUUCGAUGAUUCAACAGCAGCCGGAAGAAUACAAUAACUCAACGAAACGCAAAAUGGAGGACCGGGAGAUUUCUUUUGAAGCGCCUCAACGAGUCGAACAAGACGAUGUUAAGCCGCAAAUUAACGGCGAUUACCGAUCCAACUCUGUCGCUACUCCGUCCCCUCAACAACCAGCUAAGAAGAGAUUUCGUUACACCGAGCCACCUAUAUGGGCCCGAAGUGCCAAAGGAAUAAAAGGCCUAGGCCGUAAGACCAAUGGGAGACAACUAACUCCUCAGCCGUCAGCGCAGGUUCCACCGGCUACGCUAAUAAAGCAGGAAAGCAAUGGGGUGCGCCAGGCUUCACCAGCAAUUCCUCGACCUGUUGCAGGGAAUGAUUAUGAUUGCGAUGGUCCUCUUGGCCCAUGGGAGCCGAGCAUAUCUGGCAGAAAGCCUCCCGCGGAGAUGACAAGGCUAGUGGCAGACUUUCUAUUCAGGCAUGUUGUUAGUCGAGAAGAUACUCGAGAACUGGUCAGUCGAGGUGUGGAGGUUGAAAUUGAAGCGAAGCUAGGACAACUUGUUAGUAAGGAGACGAAUCAGAGACUGAAUCUUCCAAUCCGGUCGGAAACAGUACUUAUGGACAAUCAGUUCAUUGCAUUCAAAAGUACAAUGACAGAGGUCCAACACAAGAAUCUAAACGAGUUUUUGAAUCAGAAAGUUCAAGAAUGCUAUCCAAACAAUCCUAGUCAACCAAAACGACGAGUCCAGAUCGAGUACUUACAUCGACGGGAGACGGAUAAAUUCUAUGAACUCCCCUCUUCAAUGCAUGCCACUUUACCUCCUGCUCUUCGGGCCCUACUCAAUCCACGUUACAGUGUCAAAGUCCGUGUUACACACGAUCAGAAGACAGGCGAAGUACUGGCAAAGAUCAUCAAAGCUCGAGUGGCAGAUUUAGAUAUUUUCUUCCCUAGUUUAAUACUCGAUUGCCGAAUUAGCAUAAAUUUUGAGAUGAGAUUCGACGGUGACAUAGAAGAUCUAAUUACUUCAAGCGACGGAGCUCAAAGGCCGGAUCGUAACAAGGAUCGUUUGAGUUAUAAGCAAUCACAUUAUCAGGUGGACCUUACCCAAGUCACUCAAAGCUUGGUAUCAAAUGGUAUAACUCGAGCUGAAAAAGAACACGAGCUCGAAAUCGAACUCUCAACAGCAGCUGUCAAAGAACAAGGUCUCAAGGCUAGAAAUGGCGAACCAAACGAUUACGCUAAGUUGGUGGAAGGUCUGAUAGACAAUGUCCGUUUAUUGGCCAGAACAGCUUCACCAGUACCUACAAUUUAG